AUGAUAACACUGAGCGGCAGUAAAAGAGCCGGGCACUGUACAUCGUUUCCUGAACUGUAUGAAAGGCUGUAUCCAUUGGUAAAACGAUGCCCAGAUUUAUUAAUUGGCAAUGAGCAGCGCAAUAACAUUGAUCGCUACUCUCAUACUUUGAGGAUAAACUGCCAAAUGUUGGCUACGUUAUGUGAAUUUUCGAAGUUGGAAAGAAGCGCGCUAGAAAAUACGUAUGACUCUGUGUGGAAUGUGUUGGUGCGAAGUCGGCAUAAGGCUGUUCUCGACAGUUGCGCUAUUUGCUUUGGUAAAAUGACAGCUUAUUGUGUGACGAAUGAUUUCUCGGAUCUUGUAUAUCUUUAUCUCGAAAAGAUAAACUGCCAAAUGUUGGCUACGUUAUGUGAAUUUUCGAAGUUGGAAAGAAGCGCGCUAGAAAAUACGUAUGACUCUGUGUGGAAUGUGUUGGUGCGAAGUCGGCAUAAGGCUGUUCUCGACAGUUGCGCUAUUUGCUUUGGUAAAAUGACAGCUUAUUGUGUGACGAAUGAUUUCUCGGAUCUUGUAUAUCUUUAUCUCGAAAAGAUAUUUUUGCUUUUUAUGCGAAAAUUUUCGAAUUGA